GCAAGUACAAUAAUAUGUGUCUUAUACUUAGGAUUUCAAUGUUUCAACUCUCUGAUUUUAGUAAGGAUGGAAGCAUUAAUUUCAUCGUCGGCUCUGCCAAGGUCAAGCAUCCCUCUGAGCCUGCCAAGCUGGAGGUCUCCUUCACUGAGAUUCCUUCUCCCCCUGGCCCCUACUGGGUGCUGUCCUCCGACUACGAGACCCACUCCCUGGUCUACGGCUGCUCAGACUUCGGUCUGUUCCGCUUGGAGUUUGCUUGGAUCCUGAGCAGAGAGCCCACCAUGUCUGAGGAGACCCUGCAAAGUCUGCAGAACAUCCUGUCAGCUGCCGGUGUCAACCCUGAGAAGAUGGUCGCCACCAACCAGGACGAGACUUACUGCGCCCCCAUGGACCAGUAACCCGAGAUACUCCUGUUUCAACCUACAGGACUGUGAGACAGACAUGAUCGCCCUGUUAAAUAUGUCAUGCAAAGUCAGUGCAAUAAACCUGUA